AUGAGGUAUACCAGUGUAAGGAAGUCAAUGCUUAAGUUUCAAAUGAAGUGGAUAUUUGAUUUAAGAAUAUGUGGAUAUGCCAAUCCACAGCCACAGUCACAGCCACAUAAACGGAGGAGUGAUUUACGGCCACGGCUUCGGAGGCCUCGGACUGGGCGGAAUCGGUGUCGGCGGCCUGGAAUCGGAGGAAUCGGUGUCGGCGGAAUCGGAGUAGGUGGCUACGGCUACGGCUACGGCUACCCAGGUCUGGCGGUCGGACACUCCGUCUGGAAGCGAGACGCGGACCCCGAGCCGGGCUACCACCACGGCCACGUCGCCACGUCCUACGUUGGCCCGAGGCUCCACGGUGGGUAUAGCUACGGAUACCCUCUCUACGGCUACGGAGGCUACGGAGGCUUCGGAGGCUUCGGAGGUUUCGGUGGCCUCGGUGGCUUUGGGUACGGCGGCUACGGCUACGGGAAAUGAUCUGUCGUUCGAAUUUGUCAAAUUUCUUUACGUUUAUCCGCAAUUAUAAUAAAAUAUUUUGGUGCAUCA